AUGGGAGGACGAGCGGUGAUGAGACCACCGAACGCGGGAAGGAAUCAACCAAGAGGUGGACGAGCCCAAGCUGUUGGGCGAGUAUAUGCUCUAACUGGCGCGGAGGCAGCAAGCUCAGGUAAUCUCAUAUUCGGUGAUUGCUUGCUGUAUGGUAAACAGUGUUGUGUGUUGUAUGACUCGGGGGCAACUCAUUCCUUCAUUUCGAAGGCGUGCGUUGAGAAACUGGGGCUAGUGGAGAGCGAAUUACAGUUCGACUUGGUGGUGUCAACCCCAGCAGCUGGUGGGAUUAGGACAUCUACGGUUUGCAUAAGAUGUCCCAUAGAAGUUAAGGGGCGUAGAUUUAAAGUUAACCUCAUCUGCUUACCUCUUCAAGGUUUGGAGGUAAUUUUGGGGAUGGAUUGGUUGACUACCAAUCACAUUCUUCUUGAUUGUGGUGGAAAGAGGCUAGUGUACGAAGAUCAGGAGUUCGGAAGUUUAAGGCACCUCCUACUCGCGAGGUUGAGUUCACAAUCGACUUAG